UGAAAAUGAAGAAAAUUCAAAUAACUAUGUUAAAUUUCAUGAACUUUCUUCCGAAUUCAGUAGUCAAUAUCCGAACAUAAGGCCAAUAAUAAAUUUAAUAGAUGAAAAGUUAAAGGAACAAGAAUUAGCAUUAUCAAAAACAACAUCUACUCUCCUACUUAACGACAUUUUUAAUAUAUCAAAAGAAUCUAAAAAUAUUAUAUG